AUGUUACUUGAAGGCAAUAAGAAAGACGAUUACUCAUUGUUUACCUUAAGCGCGGAUGGGUUGAGUAUUGAGUUCGGUACAUCUUUUACUACAAUAGAGUGUGAGAGCAGGUUUCAGCAAUUUAGGGGAAGGCAUAGGGAUGAACCUAUGAGUCUAGCCUACAAAACUAUGGGAGACCCGAAAUGGGCGAAAUUGCAGAUAAUUUUUGGUGAGGUAGACAAGGAAACAGUCCACCCGGAUGUGCAAAGUGCUUCCAAUCGCGUUACGAAUGUUGAGCCAGAUGUUGAUAGUCUUAAAGGAAAACAACCACUUUUGUAAAUUAUUUAUGUAUUUUUCUUAGUGAUACUCGCUCCAUGAACCUAUGUGAUGUAUUUUAACUGCUUGGGAGACGACAAUGGCUAUGUCAGGAAAAUUGGAUGUUAUGUGUUUGUUAAUGAAAAUUGAAACCCUCGAUGUUGAAUUAUGGUAAUUUAUGGGUGCUUAUACGAA